UCCUCCAGAUUUGAGUAAACACAGACUCAGAAUUCAGUUUUCAUCUGAUUUUAUUAAAAUUAACCAGAAAACGAGGAGAAUGAGGGCAGACUGAACGUCUUUGUCCUCCGCAUGACGUCUCUUCCUGACAUUCCUGGUACUGGGUUCCUCCAAAUAAAGACUCUUCCUGUUUUCCUUGACAUGAUUCCAGCUUGUGAAUUUUAAGUGCGUAGGAGGGCCUGAUAUCCUCUGAGGCCUGGGCAGCCUGGAGGAGCAGACAGAGAUGGACCGCGAGGAUGAGGGUGUUCUAUGGUUUAUAAUUCUCACUGUGAAAUCCAACCAGCUGGAACAAAAAGAGCAAACUUGUUGUUUGAACUUGAGUGACUGGCUAACCAGAAUAUUUUGAUUUUCUAGAAGUUAUAUGGACUUGAAAAUCUGGUUUUGCUGUGUUUACAUGAGGCUGUAGAAGAAACGACAAAUUUUAUGUAAAUUAGAAGAGAAACUUUACAAAAUCCUGGUUUCAUUUCCAACGUGCACGAGUCCAGCUUCCCUGAAGUAAGUGAUGAAGUGUGAAAAGUUGUAGCUUUGCAGCAGGAAGUUGGUGUGGGAUGGACUGAUGUUGAUAUUCAGAUGAAUGAUGUGUGUUUCCUCUGAAGGUAGAAAGUGUGUCUGGGCUGGUGUGAACAGCAUGGACAGAGAGGAGGGAGCCCCUCCCUCUAAAAGCAGCCUGUGUGGGGAACAUGAGCGGGAGCACCCUGAACCUGGACCUGGACCUAAACUUGAACCUGGACCUGGACUCAGCUGUUUGUCGUUUCAGAAUGACCGAUGGGAGGACGUCAUGAAUGACUUCAGGAAACAACCUGGACCUGAGCCUGGAGCUGGAUCAGAACCUGAACCUGAACCCGAACCCGGACCUGAACCUGAACCUGAACCCAGCUGUGUGUCCAUGAAGAGCAAUGAAUCAAAAGAUCUAGUUAUAACUUUUGGAUGCAACCAGGCGAGGAACAAAAAGAGACCGGGACCUGGACCUAGACCUGCACCUGGACCUGGACCCUGCCGAACUCUGUCAAAGCAUUUUUCUGCAAAGUACAAACCAGGCCAACGUCCAGCUGCAAAGAGGAUCCAUCAGGACUCUGGACUCCGGCCUGAACGUGAACCCAGCUGUGUGUCCAUGAAGAGCAACCAAUCAAAAGAUCUUGUUAUAACUUUUGGAGGCCACCAGGCUGCUGCUGCAAAGAGGGUCUGUCAGGAUCAUGGACCUGAAUCUGGACCUGGGCCCAGCUGUGUGUCUUACAACAGCAACAGAUCGAAGGAUAUAAUGAACGAUUUCAAGAGGAGAAAGGUGGAAAACCCUGAACGUUGCUGUGUGCUCAACAACAAACCUGCUGGGUCCUGCCAACGGAAACACAGCUGCAUUAACCUGAGAGUGGACCAGCAGACCUCAGAGCUUCCCAGUGCUCAGUUUGCCCAGCAGCAUCAAACACAGCUGGACUCCAUAUUUAUGCGGCUGGAGGACGGCAUCAUCACUUUUGUGAAAAAUGAACUGAGGAUGAUCCAAAAGGUCCUGAGUCAGAGGGAGGAAGAGGAGGUCCUGAAGGAUGAGAAUGAAGGGCAGAAGAGGAUCAGCAGAGAGGCCAUGAUCCAGAUCACAGUGGACUUCCUGAGGAGGAUGAAGCAGGACGAGCUGGCUGAGCGUCUGCAGAGCAAGCUUCUACCUUCAGUUUAUCAAAGUAACUAUAAAUCUGCUUUGAAGAAGAAGUUCCAGUGUGUGUUUGAGGGGAUUCCCAAAGCAGGAAACCCAACCCUUCUGAACCAGAUCUACACAGAGCUCUACAUCACAGAGGGAGGGACUGCAGAGGUCAAUGAUGAACAUGAGGUCAGACAGAUUGAAGCCGCAUUCAGGAAAUCAGACAGACCAGAAACAACCAUUACGCACGAAGACAUCUUUAAACUCCCACCUGGAAGAGAUGAACCAAUCAGAACAGUGAUGACAAAGGGAGUGGCUGGCAUUGGGAAAACUGUCUUAACACAGAAGUUCACUCUGGACUGGGCUGAAGACAAAGCCAACCAGGACAUCCAGUUCUUGUUUCCACUGACGUUCAGAGAGCUGAAUGUGCUGAAAGAGAAAAAGUUCAGCUUGGUGGAACUUGUUCAUCACUUCUUUACUGAAACCAAAGAAGCAGGAAUCUGCAGCUUUGAAGAGUUCCAGGUUGUCUUCAUCUUGGACGGUCUGGACGAGUGUCGACCCCCUCUGGACUUCCACAACAAUGAGACCCUGACUGAUGUUACAGAGUCCACCUCAGUGGAUGUGCUGCUGACGAACCUCAUCAGGGGGAAACUGCUUCCCUCUGCUCGCCUCUGGAUAACCACACGACCUGCAGCAGCCAAUCAGAUCCCUCCUGACUGUGUUGGCAUGGUGACAGAGGUCAGAGGGUUCACUGACCCACAGAAGGAGGAGUACUUCAGGAAGAGGUUCAGAGAAAAGAAGCAGGCCAACAGGAUCAUCUCCCACAUUAAGACAUCACGAAGCCUCCACAUCAUGUGCCACAUCCCAGUCUUCUGCUGGAUCACUGCUACAGUUCUGGAGGAUGUGCUGGAAACCAGAGAGGGAGGAGAGCUGCCCAAGACCCUGACUGAGAUGUACAUCCACUUCCUGGUGGUCCAGACCAAGGUCAAGAAGGUCAAGUAUGAUGGAGGAGCUGAGACAGAUCCACACUGGAGUCCAGAGAACAGGAAGAUGAUUGACGAUCUGGGAAAACUGGCUUUUGAUCAGCUGCAGAAAGGAAACCUGAUCUUCUAUGAAUCAGACCUGACAGAGUGUGGCAUCGAUAUCACAGCAGCCUCAGUUUACUCAGGAGUGUUCACACAGAUCUUUAAAGAGGAGAGAGGACUGUACCAGGAGAAGGUGUUCAGCUUCGUCCAUCUGAGUGUUCAGGAGUUUCUGGCUGCUCUUCAUGUCCAUCUGACCUUCAUCAAGUCUGGAGUCAAUGUGAUGGGAGAGGAACAAACAAGCUCACAGGAAUCUGAAAAGGAGACUCUGCUUUACCAAAAUGCUGUGAAGAAGGCCUUGCAGAGUCCCAACGGACACUUGGACUUGUUCCUCCGCUUCCUUCUGGGUCUUUCACUGCAGACCAGUCAGGGUCUCCUACAUGGUCUACUAACACAGACAGGAAGUAGCUCACAAAUCAACCAGAAAACAAUUCAGUACAUCAAGAAGAAGAUCAGUGAGAGUCAGUCUGUAGAGAGAAGCAUCAAUCUGUUCCACUGUCUAAAUGAACUGAAUGAUCGUUCUCUAGUGGAGGAGAUCCAACAGUCCCUGAGAUCAGGACGUCUCUCCACAGAGAACCUGUCUCCUGCUCAGUGGUCGGCUCUGGCCUUCAUCUUACUGUCAUCAGAGAAGGAUCUGGAGGUGUUUGACCUGCAGAAAUACUCUGCUUCAGAGGAGGCUCUUCUGAGGCUGCUGCCAGUGGUCAAAGCCUCCAACAAGGCUCUGCUGAUUGACUGUAACCUCUCGGAGAGAAGCUGCGAGGCCUUGUCCUCAGUUCUCGGCUCCCAGUCCUCCAGUCUGACAGCACUGGACCUGAGUAACAACGACCUGCAGAAUUCAGGGCUAAAGCAGCUAUGUGAUGGACUGGGGAGCCCACAAUGUGAACUGCAGACUCUCAGCUUGUCAGGCUGUUUGAUCACAGAGGAAGGCUGUGCUUCUCUGGCCACAGCUCUGACCUCCAACUCCUCCCUGAAAGAGCUGGACCUGAGCUACAACCACCCAGGAGAACCAGGAAAGAAACUGCUGAUGGAUGUAAUGAAGGAUCCACACAAACUCAGGUUGGAGCCUUCUGGAGAGCAAUGGUUGAGACCAGGUCUGAGGAAGUAUUCCUGUCCACUCUCAGUCGACACAAACACGGUGAACAGAGACCUCCAACUGUCUGACAACAACAGGAAGGUGUCGUAUGGAAAGGAGCUUCAGUCGUACCCUGAUGAUGACGACAGAUUUGAGGUUAAACCUCAGCUUCUGUGUAAAGAGGGUCUGACUGGUCGCUGUUACUGGGAGGUGAAGUGGAGUGGGAGGGUUUUCGUGUCAGUGAGUUACAAAGGAAUCAGAAGAAAAGGAAGCAGUGAUGAAUGCAUGUUUGGAUGGAAUGAUCAGUCCUGGAGUCUGAGAUGCUCUGAUGAUGACGGCUACUCCGUCUGUCACAAGAAGGCCGCCACUUUUAUCUCGUCCUCCUCGUCCUCCGACUCCAACAGAGUAGCGGUGUAUGUGGACUGUCCUGCUGGCGUCCUGUCCUUCUACAGGGUCGAGUCUGACUCCCUGAUCCACCUCUACACUUUUAACACCACAUUCACUCAACCUCUGUUUGCUGGAUUUGGGUUCUUGUUCAAGCCAUCUGGUUCCACAGUGUCUCUGUGCUGAGUGGAAAGCGUGUGAUCCUGUCAGAUAAACACUAAUUGUUGGAUAGAGGUGCUUUUACAGUAGACAAACUAAGGCUGCACGAUAUUGGAAAAACAUGCGAUAUGCAAUAUGGGUGUUGAAUAUUGCGAUUUCGAUAUUAUUGCGAUAUUUAACUAAUUUAAAAGAAAUCCAUUAUCUAAUCAAAGAAAUACAUUUUUUAUGUGGCAAAAUAAGCAGGCUAUAUCUAUUUAUAUCUAAUUAAUUAUAAUUAAGGUUAAAGUAUUAUGUGGUGCUAACAUUUAAACUUCACAAUUGUUAUCAUGCUGACAAAUUAAAAGGCAUUACUCUUAAUCUAUCAUUUUAUUCACAUGUAACCAUGUGUAUAAGUAACAAUGACGUAAUUGCAUCUAAGGGCAACUUGAACCAAGAGCUUUAACAUACUGCUCUUUGAAACAAAACACUGCCUUACUUGCCUGGUUUUCUGUGCAUAUUAAAUAAAUAAAUAAAUAGAUAAUAAAAAAAAAUCUUAGAAAACAUAAAGUGCCCAGGCUGUAACAAAAUCUUUUCAACAUUAAUGUAAUAGCAUGUAAACAGUAACAGGUAAACUUGCAUUCUCCACAAUUUGUGCUUAACACUGAAAGCAAUUACUUUAGGUUUUUUGCCAGAAAGACAAGCAUGUUGACUUUGAUAGGUUUUAAACAAGUGCGUUGGCAUGUAACAACAUUUCCUGAUGCACUGAAAAGUCUCUCAGAAGGUGAGCUGCUUGCAGGUAUACAGAGGUAUUUUCUAGCUAGUUUGCUCAGGUGUGGGAAGUUGACCUGAUGGAGUUUCCACCAAGUGAGAGGGUUCUCCUCAGUGUCUACGGUGGGAGACACCAGGUGGUUGUUGAGUUCAGCCUCUACAGAGUGUGAUGAUACCACAGAUGCAGGAGCUGGAGAUGUUUUGAAGAAACUGCCCAAGGAUUUUUUGGCCUUCUUUUGGAUGACUUCUGAUGGAUCCACGCUGUCAUCUUGUCUGCCUGGGUUUUGCUCCUAGAAUAGUAAAAUAGAAAAAAAAUAUGUAAAUAAAAUGUAGUUCAGGUUUUCAGUGAUUUUUUUUACUUGAUAACAAAUUAACAUUUACCUUUGGCACAAGUGCUUCAAUUUCAGACAUCACUCUGGCUUUGAUGUUGAGCACCUUGUCACUUUUGAUGUAGCCAGCUUUGAAUCUGGGGUCCGCGAAGGAGGCCAUGUCCAGGAGUUCUUGAGUCGCUGGGUUGUCGUACUUUGUGUUCAUGUAGUCCAGGAUCUUUUUUUUAUGCUCUUUGUUAAGUCACUGUCUUCAUCCUUGGCAGCAAGAAGAGAGGUGUUCAUCACGUGAAGUACAGGUUUCACAUAUGAAACAGUUGCAUAUCUUUCAGCAGAGAGGGCGUCUGUGAACUCUUGCAGUGGUUGCAGUGCCUGGUUAAUAGACUCCAGGACUUCUAGGUCCUGCCAAGUGGGAACUAAAUGCCUUGACUUUUUGUCUGCUGAUAGAACAUCACAUAUGGCCUUCUGUUGCUCAAGAACUCUCUGAAUCAUGUUUUGUCUGGAUCCCCAUCUUGUAGGACAUUCUGUGAUGAGUGCGUGUUCUGGGAGGUGGUAUUCUUGCUGUGCCUUUUUCAGUGCCAUCUUCUCCUUCCAGCUGUGGGAAAAAUGGCCUACUAAUCUCUUGCAAAGACCUACGGCUCGAGUAAUGCGCUCAUCACCUUUAACAGCAUUCUCUGUAAAGGAAGAAAACAAAAGACAGACAAUUGGAGAUUUAAUUUAGGCUGAAAAAACACUCCAUUAUUAAUUUAAAUCACUACUACUAACUCAACUGACAGUCAAAUGAAACAAAACAACAUUAUUGUUAAAAAGCACAUGUUAAAUAUACAAAUGUAAUGUUAAAAAUGUGUGUCUUUAAACAAAAUAAACCAUUAACACUCACCGAUGGCCAGAUGCAAGCGGUGGCCAAAGCACUGUAGUCUGACCCACUUGUUGAGUUCGGUAGCUUUCACUACAUUAGCGCCGUUGUCUGUUGUAAUAGACACCUGGUUCUCUUCUUCCAAGCCCCAGUUUGCUAAAACAUCCCUUAGAGCACUUGCUAUGUUUUCACUUGUGUGGGAUUCAGGGAAAUAUGCAACUUCCAGACAGCGUGUUGUUAGUUCAAAGUCUUUGUUGAGAAAGUGAACAGUAAAGCUCAUAUACGGUUCAGUGGUACGACUGGACCAUAGGUCCGUGGUGCUAGCGAAAAAGUCCACUUGGUGCAGCUCAGCCUUUACAGUCACAACACAUGCCUCGUACAUCUGUGGAAUGGCGACUUGGGAGAAGUAGUUUCGCGACGGCACCUGGUAUCUCCGGUCCACUUCCUUCAUUAGAUCCAAAAAGCCCUCUUUGUCCACGGUAUUAGGGGUAUCAUACAUUUUGCUACAUAACGUGUAACAGCUGCGGUAAUAGCUUUGUGGCGCUUCGAGCAUUUCUCGUAAGGAGUGACACACGCAAAACUGUCAUUAAUGGUUGUCUGCGGAUCUGUUUUUUUGUAACUUGCCUUCACGUUAGUAGUUUUGGGAGUUUUAGACUUUAAGACAUCAUAAAGCUUCUUGUGGUGGCGCUCCAUGUGACUGUGUAGAUUGUGUUUCCUCUCGACGUAGCCACUAUUUUCCGACAUGACUUGCACACUACCUGCGUCUGUGAUACGUCUUCUCUUCUGAAGCCAAAGAAGUCCCAUAUUGCAGACGUGCUAUUCUUUUUUGGCACGAGUUGUUCGUUGUUUUCGUCCUCGCUCAUUUCGUCCACUCCCGCCAUUGCUGCUCCCUCUGCUGCUGCCUGCUGAGUCAGCGCCUGUGAGUCUGCUCUAGCCAAUAGGAGAACAGUAUCUAGGGGGGUGAUGGCUGGGUGCGCUUUUAAGGUCGUGUCUGAUUGGUCAAACUCACAUAAACACCAAACGCCUGCAUCAAACGCACAAAGUACUAUAUAAAGGUAUUAAUUUAUCGCACGUCUUUGCGAUACGCAUAUCGCACAUGCCGUUAUCGCGAUAGCGAUAUCUUUUAGAUAUAUCGUGCAGCCUUAAGACAAACGAUGCUUUUCUGCGUUCUACCUGGUUGGUAAUUCAUGCAACUAAAGCCUCAGCUAUGUUCUACUCAAAAGACAGAGCAUUUCCUCCAUCUUCUGCAUCAUGUACAUGUGUAAUCAGGUGGCCAUUGGGGACCCGUUUCCUGACGGAGUAGUACCACCGGAAACCGUGGGGCAGUGCUGAGCAGUAAAGCUGAAAAAGAAGAAGAAGAAGUUUGAUGUAUUUCAUGGCUGCACAGACCACCGCCGGCUACUUUACCGCCUCGUUUUAUGUCGCUUUCUGAGAAUGAACAUCAUGAUCUCCUCCACCGACGCCAUGUUUGUUAAUGCCUGAAAUUUGUGUCAGAUCUCUGAGAUGAACUCAGCACUGCCCCCUGGUGGCUGUGUUGGCUAACAACAAUGCUAACGUAAGAGAAGCAUGAAAAUAUGAGCCGUGAUGUUGGACAGUUAACGUACAUAUUUGAACCUGUUAAAAGGAGCGUUGGAGAGUCUGGCAUUGGUACUGGAGAGGCUAAAAGUAAAAUUUCCAAACCUGUGACCCUCUGGAUUAAACCUUGCCUCGGCUGGUCAUUCGUAGUGGAUAGGCUGGGCGUUGUCUGCUUUAUACUAGUGGCAGAUAAUGCUGCUGGUUGUUACUGUAAUAUACGUGACUUCCACUAUAAGCUAGGAAUGGAUUGAAUAAGGUCGCUCUCCAGCCUUUUUAUUGGCUCUUUUGCUAAAAUAUUUGUCUUUCACUCAGAAGCACUUUCUCGGAUUCACGUAUUGAAUUAGUUUCUGUUUGAUUCUCCUCAAAAAGGAUUUCUUGGACAUUUCUACCCUUACCAGUCCUUAACAGAUGGAAGAUGCUUAUUCUGCAGGUAUCCAGAUGGGAUUUUUCCAUUUCCAGUCAAAGCUGAAGGCCUGAAAGAUUUAGAAAAAUGUCAUUGUUUAAAAGACAGUUUCUGUUCAGUGUUCCUGCAGAAAUAUGUUCUUAUGAGAGAUGAACCACAUGAACUGCUGUGUUCUAACAAGGAUGUAAAGGUGAGAUAUGAACAGCUUCACUUACCAGCUGCAAGAUGCACCCGUAAGUUUACAUUUCCAGGUUUAUACGUUUUAUUAAAACUAAACAGUCUGAUGUUAUUUAUCUUAUUUACACCAGCUCUUUAUUCGCUCCGUCAGGAACAAGUUGGACUGUUUUCUGUAUUCAGUGUUUUAUUCUCACAGCAUUUGUUAUUUAUGGAAAAUGAGGUUUGAAAACGCGACUUCAUCCCCGUCACAUGAUGCUGAAAAGCCUGCUGCACCAUAAAGACGACGGGAAAACCCUCUGAAGCGAGUGGCGCAGUAAAACCGUGGUGAAACCGGGUCAGGCGCCUUGUAACGUGACUCGCAUUAUUUAAUUUCAACGUCUUUAAUAGCGACUUUGAUUGAAACGAUCGUUCAGCCAAACUGAAUAUUUACCUGAUGUGUUCAAGCUGAAAUCAUUUAGUUUACGUGAGUUUAAGCUAGUUUGCUGCAGAGUUGCUAAAUGUUUACUUUCAGCUUGUUUCAUCAUGUUUUGACGUGUUUUCUGGACUCGUUCUUGUGUUUUUGUUUAGUCUGUUUUGAUUAUUUGAGGCUCUUUUGACGACCAGCGUAUCAGGAUGUGAAGACAGAGGGGGACCUUUGGCGUUUUCUUUCCAAAGAGUUCAGAUUUAUAUCCCGUUUAUAUCUGCUGAUUAAAGAAGAUUCUUGUUUUGUAAACAGAUUGUUGUUUAAAUAAAGUGAGUUCAUCUUCA